AAUAAAAAGUAACAACGAAUCGUUAAAAAGAGGAAAUCUUUCAAGAUAAAUUACAUCAAAAUUAUCAUCACGUGACGGGUUAUUUCAAUCUCACCAUUUAACAGGUUAACCAUCUAACUUUACCACAAAGUCUAGCAUCAGCAAAGUAAAAUAACGAACGUUUGAACCCAGCUGUGAAUCCUUAUGAAAUAGCUGACAGGUUUUGUCGAGCUCGCAUGGAUGUUUUAAUAUCAUCCGCGUAAUGAAAACAAGUAAAAACAGGAUCCAAGUGACACCGGCGUCUAAAGUGCAGCUGCAAGUGGAUGAGCGUGCAGUGAAUUCCGAGUGCGUCUAAUUAAAAGUCAUCUGCAUAUUUAUGGAAGGGGAAGCGGGGAGAAAAAGCUGGCAGGAUUAACAGUUGAAGGCAGAGAAGAAGAGGUGGGGGGAGGAGGAGGAGGAGGAGGAGGAAGAUGGUGACGUUGCUGUUGGUAUAUUAAAAAUAAAGGGUGUAACAAAGAAGCGGAAGAAACGUCUCUGGUUAAAGUGGCCGUGUUUACUACUUUUUAUAUCUCAUUAUGAGCCGAUGUUCUUCCUACAUGGAAUUUUUAUCCCGCGUAGCUUGUAAACGACCAAAGUGAUUACGCGUACCUGCUAAGUUUUUUUUUUUUUUUUUUCUUCUUUUUUUCAGAAGUUGGAUGAAAAAGGGACGCGGAUAUAUUCUUUCGGUGAAAGAAAGCCAUGAUAGAAUUGCUAAAUUGAAAGCAUUUGCAUAACAAGAACGUUUUGAGGAUGACGCUGAUGUUUCUCAACGCCUUUUACGUGAUAAUGUGUGGCGUUUAUAGUUGUUCGUUUGAUUAUUUGUUAUUGUCGAGGAUACUAUUCUAUGUAAAUUGUGCAGUUUGUCGGUUAAACGGAGAAUCGAAAAGAAUUGCAUUAAAGAAUGCCGACAGCGAUAAUUGCAUGGUUCGUGACCAAGAAGUAUAUUUUCACAGACGACUGUACCGGAGUUUCGCGGAGAAAGAGAUUUCCGGGCUCCUUUCAAUGAACGGCCAACAUUCUCAUGGUAUGAUGUACAGGUGGCAAAGGACGACAACCGCCUCGAUGAUUAAUUCGCAUCACGCGUAUACAAGCGCAUAAUUGCAUGCCCUUUGCACCAUGGUUGAAUACGAAACAGAAAGAAACAUUGUUUGCGAACUGUCAUCGAUAUUAAUUACAAAAUCAACGUCUUUCACAGGAAGAAAAGCCGGGAAUACUUAUGAUCGCAUUUAACUUUAAGGACUGGAAAAAACAACCAAGUAAAAUAUUUUUAUAAUAAUGAAUUUCUUAUUGAUGUUGAAGAAAAAUUCAAUCUGAUGAAAUAAUAAUGUUUAUUUAUAAAUUUUAAUA